AUGGGUACCGCACUGAAAAUCCUUUUCUCAGAUCUACCACAUUCUCACUACAUGGUUAAUUCUAAAGGAUCCAUAGUAAAUGCUCCGUUCCAGUUGACUCGGAAUGAAGUGGUUUCGUUGUUCCAAAGUCUUGGAAGGUACUCGUCCAGCAUCAAGGAGAUCGACGAAUUCCGAAAAGAAAUGCUAGUUGGUUACCGUGGUAUAGAUGAGUUAUGA